AAGUAUGAGAGGGAAAUACUGAGGUCAAAUGAAUGUAAAACCAUCACCAUCUCCCUGUUGGUGAGAAAUGAAGAAGCUAGACAGACAUACCCUGGUUCCAUCUGAAAGACAAAAUCCAUUUUGUAUCACACAUGCUGACUGUAGACAAUGAGAUGACUUUAGACAGCGUGGUCACUGUAGACGCACCGUGUGUAAGCGUUUUUGACAAACCGAAAAGAAGAAUGUACUACAAUGACAAAGGAAAGCCGGGAUGGCGGAAAACAAAUGCUCCAAUUUAUGAAAACUAUGAUGUGAACCCCUUCUCCCAAGAAGUAUCUCCAGGCUGGUACAAGAUGGCUCUAGCCAUGUCAAGUAAUCACUGGUCACAACCAAGCAACCACGAAUAUCAUGAAGGUCAUCAUAGAUCCAUCUUCCGCCAAUCUCGGCCCAGCCUUGUGACCCGACCUCCAUCCAACAGGAAAGAAUGUAACAUGAACAUAAUUAUCUCGCUCCUGGCUAUACUCACCAUAGCGAUUGUUGUAGCUACCCCGCUGUGUUUCAUUUACAUCUUUACAGAAGGAGAUUCAACUACCACAGAGAUGAAGAUGGACGAUUCAAUCUCAACUCCAGGAGAGGUGAUCUACAUUAGCUGUAACGUCCGGUACGCUCCGUCUGGCUGGGACGAAUUCAGUAUUGUGUCAGAAGAUAAUACUGACAUACAUGGUAGAGCCUAUCCUAACGGAGCUAUUGUCCAGGGUAAAAGUUCAUAUAUAGUUGAAUUACAACGGAACAGCGAGAACAUGACGCUCAGAAUUAUGUUUCCUAACGCCACUACACACUGUGCCGCGAGAGGACGCUACGUGUGUAGAUUAAAAUCUAUGGGGAAUGACGUCAUCAAGGAUACAUCAACGGUUAUCAUUACAGGUGGCGCUAGUAGCAUAAACAUAACUGGCCAAACAAUCAUCAAAGAAGGGGACAGGUACGAGAUGAAUUGUUCAUGUAGACUGGCUUCAGACGGCGGAGAAAUGCAGCUCUACAUUCGACGUUACAAUACUAGUGAUUUCGUCAUGGCAACAGAAACCCCAAUAGUUACCGUUGAUGAACCUGACGAUACCUGCUACCAAUCAGUAACCAAGACCUACAACUUCUUCGCCGAGAAGAACCAGAACGGUACUGAACUCCGCUGCAUGGCGUCUAACGAUAUACUCUCUACAUAUCAAACUAGCAGUACAUUUGGCAUUACCAUUGACUUUGCAGAUUUCAUGACUACGUUUCAUUUGCAAAGGCUAGCAUGGGUACCUGAAUACGAAGACAAAAACAGCAAAGAAUACAUAUACCUCGCUUCAGAAUUAGAAAACGAUAUUGAUCAUGUUUACAAAAAGAGUGAAUUGAAAGAGAACUACAAGAGAAGCAGAGUUGUCGGACUUGAACAAGGAAGUGUUAAAGCUCAGAUCGCGAUUGAGAUAGACUUACUGUAUGUCAUCACCGAUCCUAACGGCCGUGUUAUCACCACUAAGAUCAACGAGGUUGAUAUUGUGUCAGCAUUAGUGGACACCCUCCCAUCGGUGGCGGACGAGCUACAGGAUAGUGAACUUUACCAUAUGGAUACACAGAAUAUCGCUGGCAUCAUUAUUGCAAACUCCCUGCUGCCUGCAGAUGAAUGUACGUCACUCACUGAUAUGGUGUUUCUCCUGGAUAGUUCUGGAAGUAUUGGGUCCCCAAACUUUGAAAUCAUGAAGUAUUUCAUCAAAAAUUUUACCGCGUCUGUCGCAAUAGGAAAGAAUGCACUUCAGUUUGGAGUUGUGUCGUUUUCAACCAAUGUAAGGAAUGAAUUUUGGCUUAAAGCCUUCCAGAGCCCAAGGGAUAUUGUGAACGCAGUAGAAGGAAUUACAUACAUCGGAUCAGGUACUUAUAUGGAACGAGGGUUAAUAUUUAUACGUUCGAAUGCAUUCACAGCAUCACAAGGAGCCCGCAAAAACGCUGAGAAGGUUAUAAUUCUAAUGACUGACGGACAAUCGUCAGAUGAUCCUAAUGUAGUCGCUUCUACUCUGAAAUCCGAAGGUGUCGCGAUAAUCUGUGUGGGGAUAGGAAGCAAUAUAGAUCAGGCACAGCUUAACGCCAUUGCCUACAACACUAGCUUUGUGUUCGAGGUCACAGAUUUCGACGUUCUGAUCAAUAUAAAGAAAAUCGUGCAGCAAUCUUCGUGUGAUACAGGUACGAACUAUAAUCAGUGACGAUCAGACAUGGAUAUCAAUAUUCACCGUGAAGUUAUCUAAACUUUUUUUUUCUUAGUUACAUUGUGAAUGCGAAUUAUUUUGCCGAAGUUCGGUGCAAAUAUACCUGUGUUAGUGUUAUUAACAUACAUUAAACACUCACUCUCGUUGGCCUGGUCAUUGGUAAAGAAGGAAAGCCAGCAUACAAGGAGAAAGUAACGACUGCCCACAUCCGUUCGGAGAUUUCGAAUUCGGAUCGUUUUUGUGAGAGUUCCAUCUCUCCCAGUUAACUUAGAUUAUCUGUGAUAGAUUACUGUAUGUUAUAUCAUCAAUGCUACCAUUGUGAAAUAGAAGUGAAUGGCUCCAAAAUACCACACAGAAAUAAAGGUAUCAGCUUGUGUAUCACAGGGAUAUUCUGGCAGACGACUGUUAAGUUUUGGUAAAACUCACCCCUAAAUGAUCUUUGACACGCUAGCAAGGUAUAUGGAGUAUUAUAUCUACCCGUUGCGACAAUUGUUCUCAAAUUUGUAUUUGAUUACAAUCAUUUCAUUUCCCAAUACAUGUUUUUGUUUUAACUUUGAUUUCCUAAUCUAAUAAAAAAAAUAAUGCUUUGUUUGAAUUAUAUUAUGAAAACGUAAUGAUCGCUUUGUGAUGUUUUUCGUGACAAUGGUUAUAUGAUAUAAAUAUCUAGAAACAGAAAUUAUCUUUUUAGAAAUAACUUAUUGAUCCAAGCGAUCAAGGGAACGGUUAUCAAGUAUAUUAAGGAUGCUAUCACAACAGUUAGACGAUUGAAUAGUUUACUUCAAUUCAGUUCUUGUUUUCUUGGUUUUAAGAGCUCCUCACUUUGCAACUGUAUCCGUUGCGUGAGAAGCUUAGAAACAUACAAUGUUGCUAAGGUUGUCCUUGGCAUGCAUUCACAUAAGCUUUUCGGUGAUCAUGUCUUUUGUGUUUUAUUAGAUUAAUCAUUAUAUAACUAAUAUUCAAAACGAGAAUGUCUGUCAUUGUCAUCAGUGACUUCAACAGCAAAGUUCAAAGUGAUUAAAAACCAAGACUACAAAGCGAUGAUCGAGGUAUGAUCAAUUAUAAUUAUGGUUUAAAAGGCUGAUGCGAUAUUUGAUUAUUGAUUCUGUCUGCGUAUUGAACUAGAUUAGUGUUGUUCAUGACUAAUAAACAUACUUAUACUA